UGGGACGGGCCCUGGCGGUGGGCGGGGCAUCGUGGGCCAGGGACGUGGCUGGUGCGGCUGUGCGCGGGGACGUGAGUGUGUGAGGCGCUGCUGCGAUCGCCCGCGCCAUGCCCGGGCCCAACCCCAGCGCCACCAGCGUCGGCGCCUCUGGCCGCUCCCCCAGCAAAGCCGUGGCUCCUCGCGCGGCCGGCUCCACAGUCCGCCAGAGGAAGAAUGCCAGCUGUGGAACAAGAAGUGCAGGCCGUGCCACAUCCACAGGCACUGGUGGGAUGUGGCGCUUCUACACUGAGGACUCUCCAGGGCUGAAAGUUGGUCCUGUUCCAGUUUUGGUCAUGAGUCUUCUUUUUAUUGCUUCUGUGUUUAUGCUGCACAUCUGGGGUAAAUACACUCGUUCAUAGACUGAGCUGCAAACUCAAAUCAUGCAUCUUGGACCAAAAAUACUGUGUGUCCUGGUUGUUCUUGGAGGCAGAUUGAGGGAGCAUCCUGUCAGCUGCUGAAGUCCUUAUCAACUUUGGCUCAAAUACUGAAUGAACUUUCUAGUUCUCUGGCAGGGUUUGAGGUCUAUAAUGAGUGAUUGUGUAUUUGUAUGCUUAAAAUACAAGUAUUGCAAUAAAAUUUGUACAUGGAAAUGGAAAAA